AUGUCUGUAAUAAAGUUUUCGUGGGGACCGCACACACUAGCUAGAAAUAUGGUACGUCGACUUUCUGCCUCUUUUUAUAAAAACAACAAAGCUUUACGCUUUGAAUGUGGUCCACGCGGACGUGGUGAUUUAACGCUGGCUAAAUUUAAAAAUGUGAUGUUACACAAACUUUUGUACUUCGAAAAAAUAUUAAGAACUUUAAAUGCUGUACUUACAAAAUUAUACUGGCAAAUGUUUUUGUCUUUAAGGCUUGUUUUAGGCAUGUUUACGGAAUAUACAGCUGUAGCCAAUAGCCCGACCAUGUGCUGCCGGCCGUCGGGAUGUUACAAGCAAUAA